GACGAGGAUGUGGACGACGACUUCGCCGAGCUGCAGCGCAUCCAGAGCGCCAAGCGUCGCGAGGCCAAAGACAUGUCCCACAAGUCUCGCAUCCAGGAGGUCCUAGGCAUGACCUUUUCUCCCAACAUCCGCCCUCUGGGUAUUUCUGACUUGCAGUCCGUCAUCAUGCUCGAGAAGGCCUCCAUGCCCAAACCUGAGCACCAAGCCACGCCCGACAAGUUCGAGUAUCGCCUCACCGUGUGCCCCGAGCUGAGCAUGGGUAUCUUCCUCACCGUUGUCCCGAGCCAGAUUGAGGACACCGACAUCUUCGCGACUUUCGAUGCGGCUCACCCCGUGGAAACGGAUCGCCCCGACCAGGCCAAGAGCGUCCUGUUGGCCCACAUCGUCGCCACGGCCUCCAACUCCAAUACUGUCCUGGACAGUGACAUGGAGAUUCCUGCCGACUGGAAGACGUGCAAGGGCAAGGACACCGGCGGAAAGGGCCAUUUGGAGGGCGGUCAUACUGUCUGUCUACACACUUUGGCCGUCUCGCCCAAGCUGCAGGGCUGCGGCCUCGGCAAGCUCGUCAUGAAGGCCUUCCUCCAGCGGAUGAAGAACAUCGGCUUCGACCGUGUCGCUCUUCUCUGCCAGGAUUACCUCGUGGGCUAUUAUGAGCGCUUCGGGUACAAGCACGCAGGCAAGAGCAAAGUCCAAUUCGGUGGAGGAGGCUGGCAUGACAUGGUCUUUGAUUUG